AUGAAGUCUUCGAGAUCCGAACACACAACACUCUCAUCAUCGGAGUUAUUACAAAAAAAUUCAUCUCUUCUUCAAGUACUACUUUCUGACAAUAAAUCAAAUCCUUCGGAUCACAAAGGUUCCUCCAAAUCAAUGAAUACUUCAAAUAGAAUUUUACAACUUUUAAAAUUAAUCUAUCAUUUCAUUUCAAAAUAUUUUCCAAAAUUAAUGACACUACUUUUAGGAUUUGUAUUUGUAAAAUUAUAUAUUUCCAAAGUAUUUCCCUCCUUUCAUGGAUGGUGGAAAUUUACAAAUAAUGAUUCUUCAGAAGAGAAUUCCUCUCAAUAUCAUCUUGGUGGAAUGAUUUCACACACAUCUCAAAAUCCCUAUACUUUCCCUUCACACAAUGACACUAUAAAUCAAGUGAAAAUGGAAUUCUAUGGACACUAUGUAAAUCCAAUCACUGGUUUACCAUCAUUUCCAGACUAUAUGACUCGAGAUGAAAUGCAAUUAGAAGAAUUAAGAAGAAUGGAUGGAACAAAUGAUUGGAUGCAAAGAAAUACUUCAACAAGACAAAGAUGA